AUGUUGGCAAAGUGGUGGUGGCGGUUCAAAACAGAAAAAGAAGGGCUGUGGCGUCGUACUAUAUGGGCAAUUCAUCACAGGUCGAGGGCGUGGAAUGAUAUCCCAGUCAAGAUUUCGGUGGCGGGUCCAUGGAAAAGUAUCUAUAGUGUACGGCAGUCACUACUGGAUGCAAGCAUUGAUCUGUAUCAAGACAUUACAGCAGAGGAGGAAUCGGUCAAAAAAUGCUCUGUUGCGGAUCGCUGUGUUCUCGGUAGUCAUGGGCCUUCAUUCAGCUGGGCCUGGGCUCGGCCUGUCCUCGGUUCAGAUGCUGAAAACCAGCUGCAGAUGUUAUCAGUUAUGCUUCAAGGUUUCGCCGUUUCAGCCGGUAAUGAUGUAUGGAAAUGGAGGCAUGAGCCAGAUGGUAAAUUUUCUGUCUCGAGUAUUAAAAAAUUACUUAGCACAGUAAACCGGAUCAAUCCCAAACGGGUUUUUGAAUGGAACAACUGGGUUCCAAAAAAGGUCGGAAUCGUAGCUUGGAGAGCGGAGAUGGAGAGACUGCCGACAAAGUGUGCUCUGGCUAGGCGAAGCAUACCGGUUCAGAAUAAUACGUGCGUCUUCUGUGGAGAUUAUGAAAAGACAUGUGAACAUAUAUUUGUUUCUUGCCAAUUCGUGCAAACAAUAUGGCAGAACCUGGCGGUUUGGUGUGGGAUCCCACCGAUCAUUGCGUUUGGGAUUAAUGAUAUACUUACUGUACAUGAAUCAAGUUCGGGUUCAAGAAAGAUAAGGAAAGUAAUACAUGCUAUAGUUUUGGUGACUUUUUGGAGUAUGUGGAAAUCAAGAAAUGAUGCCGUUUUUAGACAAAUUAAUCCAAGCGCGACAAGGAAUCUGGACGAGAUUAAAUCGGUGGCGUAUCUAUGGGUUAAAAGUAGAGCAAAAGUGGCGGCACUAACGUGGGAGGAUUGGAGUCGUUUUAAUUUAGGCAUUUUGAGAUAA